AUGUCCAUACAAAAACUACAGCAACUAGAUGAGCCCAUCAUUAACAACAGCCCAGACAGGAUGACAUCAAACCUCAUCCUGAGAAACAGAACGUCUGUCGCCUCCUCUCAGGAAACAGAACGUCUGUCGCCCUCCUCUCAGGAAACAGAACGUCUGUCGCCCUCCUCUCAGGAAACAGAACGUCUGUCGCCCUCCUCUCAGGAAACAGAACGUCUGUCGCCCUCCUCUCAGGAAGCAGAACGUCUGUCGCCCUCCUCUCAGGAAACAGAACGUCUGUCGCCUCCUCUCAGGAAACAGAACGUCUGUCGCCCUCCUCUCAGGAAGCAGAACGUCUGUCGCCCUCCUCUCAGGAAGCAGAACGUCUGUCGCCCUCCUCUCAGGAAGCAGAACGUCUGUCGCCCUCCUCUCAGGAAGCAGAACGUCUGUCCGCCUCCUCUCAGGAAACAGAACGUCUGUCGCCCUCCUCUCAGGAAACAGAACGUCUGUCCGCCUCCUCUCAGGAAACAGAACGUCUGUCGCCCUCCUCUCAGGAAACAGAACGUCUGUCGCCCUCCUCUCAGGAAACAGAACGUCUGUCGCCCUCCUCUCAGGAAACAGAACGUCUGUCGCCCUCCUCUCAGGAAGCAGAACGUCUGUCGCCCUCCUCUCAGGAAACAGAACGUCUGUCCGCCUCCUCUCAGGAAACAGAACGUCUGUCGCCCUCCUCUCAGGAAACAGAACGUCUGUCGCCCUCCUCUCAGGAAACAGAACGUCUGUCGCCCUCCUCUUAUAAAGUAA